AUGUUAUAAAAGAUUAUUGUAUUAGCUUCAGUAGCUGUUGUUACUUCAGCUUCUGCUCUUUUCAAUCUUAAAAACCAUUAUGACAGUCUAAAAGCAAUUAGUGGCAAUGAGACUUGGCCUUAGGUAAAUCUUCCUUAUGAGAACAAAGCAACAUGUAGAGUUUAUACUUGGGAUGAUGCCUCAAAGACCCUUAUUGAUAGGAAAGUAUUCGGACAGGCGAAAUUCAGUGCAUCAUUAAAUCAUGAAUGGGCUAGCCAAGGUACAGUUGAUUCUGAGGGUAACUUAAUUACUUCGGAGAUAAGUGUUACUAACCAUAACAGCAAGAAAAUCAUUGAGUAUAGAGCCACUCCUAAAUAUUGUGGUUCUGAAGAGAGUAGCUCUAACGACACAGUCAAGGAAAUUGUUGACAGAGCCUUUGAUCCAUCUGCUAAUCCAAGAUUCUAAUUUGCAGGGUAGUAAGCUCCAGUGUGGGAUCUAACAACUCAAUACAAUGUCAUUAACAAUAUAAACUUAUAAGGAUAACCCGGAUCCUCUUAUUACUACAGAAUUGAUACAGGAGCGAUAAGAUAUAUUGUUGAAUUAGGAAGUGAAACAAGAGUCUAUGAUUAUGGAGAAGGAUUUGUUGAAACAAAACUAACUAUCAAGGAUUUUUUGAUUCAGUAAUGUCUUUAAAGAUUAUUCCUAGAAUGA